AGGCAUCGUCAUUUGCUAGCUCCGCUGGGGCGGCGUGGUGCACUCCCCGCUCCUCCGCACCGCUGCACCACACGUCCUCGCAACCGAACUGUGUACUCGGCGGGCGCUCGCUCAGCUAUAAGAAUGGGUCGGGCUUACCGCCCUGCCCUCACCAAUCCUCGGAACGACACCGUCACGACCAGCGCAUACAUCCCACAUCCCACUGACGAAUUAUCCACCAUGUCUGCCUACGCCACCCAACGCCCGCCGGAGCACCACAUCCACCGUGACUCAGAAACCCUCCCCGGUGCCCGCGGCGCCGCACCUGCGGCCAACUACGACGCAGACGUAACGAACAACGACCGUGUCUGGCAAGACAACAACCAGCGCCAGUUCGGCGCAGGCACCGACGACCGCGCCGUCAUGGGCGGUGCUCAGCAUCAGUCUGCUGCGUCGCCCGGCGUUGAGUCGGGCCAUAACGCAUACACCGAAGACAGGCCCAUGAACGUGCAGCCGACAUCGGAGGGCGGAGUUGCAGUCGACGGACACAGUGAUGUCCCUGAGGGCAAGGCCAAGUUCACCGAUAAGCUGGUGGGCAAGACCCAGAAGGUUGCCGGAAAGGCCAUGAAGAACGCUGACUUGCAUGAGAAGGGAGAGCUCCGCGAGGCAGGCGGCAAGGGUGCAGUUACGGGAGAAACUCGUGCUCCCCACGAUUGAAGUCAACAUCUCUGGAAUUGUAGCAUGGACGGCGGACUCACGUACACUGUAUAAUUAAUUUGUAUACCACAUUUUGUAUUCUGCGACAACACAUCCGGUGCUUGCGUCAUGUAGAACAGAGGAAAGGCAAUGUGAGUGAGUAUGUGGUACAUCAUGCAUCAGCGGUCACGAACUCGAACUCGAAAGGCUCAAAAAGUUGUGGGCCCCGUCUGCGUCACGACGCCCUGGUCCGUUGUCUGUCUUCGCAAGAAAUGACACUCACCAAAUCUUGUCACAUCAGCAAACAUCCCCGCCCGCCCCCGCAGUGCCUGGCGUUACUGGUUGCAGAUACCUCUACGAUUGGGUUGGAAGCUGGCAGGCAGCUGUCAGGAAAGCUUCAGC